AUGGAAAGCACCGACACAAUGAAUUUUCUGGAAAGAACCAAAAGCGUCAUAGGGAUAGUAACCGACAAAGAGACCGCCUUGUUCCGUGAAUUGGUUGAUCCCAACUUUCCAGAUUUGCUCGAUCUGGCGAAGCAGUGCCCACUGGUAGAUCACAGAAAACUAUUGAUGUGGUUGAACUCUAGCCUUGCACUUCAGGUGAUGGUGAACUCAAAUGAACUUUAUGACUACCCGAGGCCUACACUCGCCAAAAUAGUAAAUAUAGGUGGAAUUGGGGCACAGCUGAAAGAUGCAAAACCAUUAGCUCCAGUGAGUUCAAAUUUUCUAAGUCAGGCAAUUUUGAAAACACGAACAAAGGCUAGCACCCAGUCAGCCAGGGCUCAGCACGCAUUGGCGCUAGAGACUUUCAAAAAAGUUCCUUCUGAUUUUGCUAGAAAUUGCGAGCGUCUCGAGAUAGUCAGGAGGUACGAUAAUAGAACAUUUGCAGCGAAAAAUGCAUGGGAGCAAAGAAAAUUCGAGAAUAUUGGAUAAAG